AUGUCUUCCUCCGAGCCUCUCCACACUUACCACCGUCGCUCCAAAUCAAAAUCCACUGACAGGGUGGAUUUCAAUCCGUCAAUUCCUAGGGUUCCUCGAACCCGUUCUUCUUCCUCUGUUCCUGUUGGAGAUUCUUCUCCUUUUGUGUCUAAUGAGGCUGCCUCCUUCUUUAAUGAGGUUGUCUCAAAGAGAAAAUUCAUUCCUGAGAGGACUUACCAGUUUGAUGCAGUUCCCUUGGCGGCUCAGGAGUCUGCAAAUCAGAUUUUGGAGCACUACCACCUUCAAGCCCUAAAUUCUCUCUCUAGUAAGUUUAACAUCCCUGUUGUUCAAGAAUUUUACUCUAACUUUCCUGCUGACCCUAAGGAGUCCAAGUAUCAGAUUUUGGUUAGGUCAGUACCCAUUACUCUGAAACCAUCUGUUAUCAAUCGGGUCUUAGGUUUUCGAUCAUGCCCUGGUUUUGAUUUUGCAAAAUUUGCUCUUGCUUCUGCUGAAUACUCUGUUGAUCUUUUUAAAUCCAUGGCAUACACUGAUCAAUCCUUGCCUUUGACCUCUAAAGGUCUGCCUAUCAAGUCUUACCUGUCCCCUUUUAUAAAUUUUUGUGGGAUUUUAUCCGUCAUAAUGUUCUCCCCACUGGGAACAAUUCUAAUCCCACUCUUGCUGCCUGCCAACUCAUGA